AAUACGUCACCAAUUUAAUAUGUCAAAAGUUCGAAGGUUAAAUUUUUACUUUUGCUUAUUCAUUUUAAAUUUAAAUAUUGCGUACUGAUAUAGUAUUUUGAUAUUAUCAUUAUUUCUGUGUCGAUCAGUCAAUAAUAGAGUGCCUGCAUGUAGUAAGAAUGUUAGUCUGAGUAACGAUUGUUCUUGUGUGAAACAGUAUACUCAGUAUUACAUUUUUGACCCCAUUAAUAAAGUUGUUUUAGUGUUUUCCUAUCUUAAACUAACAUUUUCUUAGUACAUUUUUAGAUGCAAUGUUUAUUACUGCAUCUAUUUUAUAGUAAUUUCAUUUGUUUACGUUGUUUUCUAACAAAAAACACAGCAUUUCAAAAAAAUGUUUGAUUAUCGCGGAAUACUUAUAAGUGUGCCUUUAUACACUCUUGGGGUGCUAUUCCUGGGUGCCUCUGUAUCGGCGGGGAUCUUCGUGUUCCACGUGGUCGUCGCGCCGCUCAUAUUCCGUUACUCGGAAACAUUCCGACGUACCAUAGUGUUUCUUAACUUUGUACAAUGGCCCUUCAACAUAGACUUCGAAGAUCCCUCUAGCUGCGGUGUAGAUGGUGCUAGAAAUAUCCAGCUACGUUACCAGUCCAAAAUCGAUAAUUGCCCUGUCAGAAUUGGCAUUUGGCACAUUCUGCCGAAGACGGUGUAUGAGCGACUACAGGACAAGUUGAAAUUGGUGGACAAGGAUGAGUUGCACAGGAUUUUGGAUCAAGAGCUGGCCAACUCCAAAACUCCUGUAGUUUUGUACUGUCACGGUAAUUCAAACUCGCGCGCAGCGUCUCACAGAAUACUCUUGUAUAAGUUUUUCCAAAACAUGGAUUACCAUACAAUAGCGUUCGAUUAUAGAGGUUACGGCGAUUCGACGAAUCUAACUCCGAGCGAAGCGGGCGUGGUGGAAGAUUCUCUAUUUGUAUACGAAUGGCUUCACAACAUCGUGACCAACAAACGAGACGGAACCACGCCGCCUGUUUUUGUGUGGGGGCAUUCUCUGGGGACGGGCAUAUCGUCAAAUCUUCUAGGCAAUUUGAACGAGCUAUCAUCGGAAUUGUUGGAACGGAAGACGCCAUUGCCCCUCCCCCGCGGGUUGAUACUGGAGGCGCCCUUCAACAAUAUGGCGGACGAAGUUGCCAACUACCCUCUGACUAGAAUGGCGACUUGGCUCCCGUAUUACGAUUACGCGUUCAUAGCGCCGUUUCGCGAGUCGAAGAAUUUCUCUUUCCGUUCUGACCGCAACUUGUCCCGCGUGAGGUCCGUCCCCGUGCUGAUUUUACACGCCAGAGACGACCAGGUCGUGCCGUACGUGGUCGGGGAACGGCUAUACAAAUCCCUUUUGGAAUCGCGCACCCAUCACGGGGCUGACGUGACACUCCACGCUUACCCCAGCAAGGAUGACCUAGGUCACAAAUAUAUAGUCAACGCUAAAGAUUUGCCGCAGAUAGUCGGAGAUUUCGUGAACAAAAACAGGUGAACAGACAAACAUUCAAUGCUUCAUUCUACAUCAAUAAUGUCACACGGAUUUGCUACGAUUUUGCACCAGCCACUUAUUUAGUUUCUAAGUUCCUUAAUUUAUUUCGUCACAACAUUUAAGUUUCUUCCCGGUUGCAUCCUUAGCACUUGCUAUACAUACAUACAUCAUAUAGUUACGUCUAUAUCCCUUACGGGGUAGACAGAGCCAAUAGUCCCGAAAAGACUGAAUGGCCAGGUUCAGCUGCUCGCUUUAAGAAUGGAAUUGAGAUCAAAAUAGUGACAGGUUGCUAACCCAUCGCCUAAAAAAAUGAUCGCAAUUUUAUAAGCCUAUCCCUUAGUCGCUAGUUAAUCCAUAGGAAAGAGAUGGAGUGGUCCUAUUCUUUUUUGUAUUGGUGUUGCUAUGGAUCCUGGAAUUUGAACCUGCGAUCUUUUCAAGUUACAUAUAUACGAAUGAUUUAACAGCUAAACUAUUUAAACCAGUUAUGGGCCGUAACGUGUACUUAUUUAGUAUAAGAAACGCGCUUUCAAAUCGAUUACGAGUAAAAUAGCUCAGUUUACAUACAAAUGAUUUAACACUGAUAUUAUACGUCAGUAUUUAAAAGCUGCAUUGGGGUAUAUAAUAAUUAAAAAAGCAUACUUUUAAUCUACUAUUUAGUUAAUCUAGAUGGCAUCACUGUGAUGACAGUUUUGCUAAGUAAAUAUAUGCAUUAUAUCGUAAUUAUACUUACUGGCGUCUCUGCCUACCCCUUUGAGGAAAGAGACAUAAUUUUAUUUAUGUAUUCUCCAGGCGUUAGUCGCGUUUACGUAUCUUUUGAUGAAUUUCUUAUAAAAGCAUGCUUUUUAUUAAUAAUUAAUGCAAUGCACACAAUAUAGAUGGCGUUACUGUGUUUAACAGUAUUUUUUAUGACUGUACUUAAUAUUUUUUUAUUUUGCUGUUCUUAAAAUUAUGUAUCGUACCUAUAUUUAUAUUAGUGUCAUUUGUCUUUAUAUAAAAAUGGAAACGGCCUAAAAUAUGUACGUAUUUUAGAAUAAAAAUCAGCAAGGUAAAGUCAAAUGUAGGUAGUUCGCUUAUAGCGUACAGGUUGUGAUGUUAUUGUGAUAUCUAACAGAGGACAUACAUAUAAUCAUAAAGUAAAGUAUAUAGGCACUUUCAUACAAUUUUAAGAAAUAUUGUAAUUGUUAAAGUAAUUUUUAGCAAUUUUUUUACUCACCGCAUAAAGGAAUUACUACAAAUUGAUUCUUUUAAAUCUAUUCAUCUCUUUUUCCUUUUUUAAUUGUGCUUGAUCGUUAGUAUAUUACCGAGACGAUUCUCUCGACUCGCUUAUAAUCGAUUGCUUAAAAAUAGCAAUAAAAUAUAGUUAAAUCAUUUCACAAUGUGUUAUUCAUCCAAUAGUAAAUAAGUCACUUAGAAACAUAUUAUUUAUUUAACAAGAUAAUAAUGGGUUGCCAAUAGCCCAUCGCAUGAGGGAUUUCUAGUUAAAACUUUAGUCUAGAAUCGAUUGAAUAUAUUGUCACAAUUUUUUUUUAUUCAGCAAUAAAUACUCAAUUAUGUUAUUGUGUUGCGAUUUAGUCGACCCUUACGAUAUUGUGAUAAUAUUUGUUUAGUUAAUUUAUGCAACUUUUAUAUUGGUAACAUUGUUGUUUAAGUUAAAUAAAUUUUAUUAUUUUUUAAGA